UUCAUGUCUUCUUCACUACCUUUUGCAAUGGGGAUGAGAAGGGUGCAGCCCCUGCAGCUGCUUGGUGGUUCCGUCCGAUGGGCAACAACCACCGCCCUUCCUGUGAAGCGUGUAGCAGUGGUUGGUUGUGGGCAGAUGGGCACCGGCAUUGCUAUAGUGGCUGUAACCUAACGCAACUGGACGGUGUAGAGCCGUCAAGUUCACGUGAGCUUGGAGGGGCGCCAGGGUUUUUGGUGUUGUCUUUGUUAAGGCACGACAUGCGCAAGUAGAAGUCCUUGGAUUGGACGCCUAUCCUCAAAGCCUGGAUCGCAGCAAAGCCUUCGUGAAGGAUUGGGCAGCCAAGGAGGCAAAGAAGGGUCGAAUGUCUGAAGCAGAGGUGGAAGCUUUCUUGAAGCAGAUCAAGUUUGGUGAUUUGAAUGAUGGAGGCUUUCUGAGAACCACCAUUCCGCAGGUGGACUUUGUGAUUGAGGCAGUGAGUGAGGACCUGAAUGUCAAGCAAUCAUGCUAUGAGACCCUCCAGGCUUCAGGCCUCCCGGAGGAAAGUGUGCUUGCGACCAAUACAUCCUCAAUAUCGAUCACCAAGUUGGCCUCGAACAUCUCCAGGCCAGAGCGGAUGAUCGGUAUGCACUUCAUGAAUCCGGUCCCGGUCAUGCCAUUGGUGGAAGUCAUCAGAGGUUUACGAACAGAUGAUGCAACGUUGCAACUCACGUUGCAGCUCUGUACAGCAAUGAAGAAGGAGCAUUCAACCAGUGAAGAUCGGCCUGGCUUCAUCGCGAAUCGAAUUCUGAUGCCUUACAUAAAUGAGGCCGUGUUCGCGCUGCAAGACGGAGUUGGAACUGCAGAGGACAUUGACAAGACUCUCAAACUGGGAACGAAUGUCCCGAUGGGUCCUUUGACACUUGCCGACUUCAUUGGCCUGGACACUUGCCUCAGCAUCAUGAAGGUGCUGCACCGAGACUUGGGUGACUCAAAGUACCGUCCUGCACCGUUGCUGGUGAACUACGUGGAAGCUGGAUGGCUUGGCAAAAAGACCAAGCGUGGCUUUUAUGAUUACAGCUGAAGUCGGUUUGCGACCAGCUGCUCCUGACUUGAGCACAUUGCAGAAAAGUUGCAUUCCUGCUUAGAGAGACAGACAGAGAGACAGAGAGAGAGAGAGAGAUAGAUAGAGGCAUCAAAAUACAGCAUCAGAGAACAUACUUGCAAACUGAUUUGCAGGCAAACGGACUUUAGUCUGGCCUCCUGGUCAAGUCUUGAGGUCUGCCUUCGUGGUUUCUUGAUGCCUGUACAUGUUGGAAGACCUGUGUGCCAAACCAAUGUUUGGAUCCGGCCGGCCAAAGUGUGCAAAAAACGAGAGCGAGGGGAAUUGAACUUG